CACGAAGGCUAGUUACUGCCAGAGAGGAGGCCGAUAAGUAGUAGCACUCUCCGAGGAUAACGGUGGGCUUAAGCCUGUGGCCGCGGGCGGCUUCUUCUUCGUCUUCUUCGCCUGGGGAAGAUAGAUCCCGCCGGGAGUUGGAGAGAAGAUUCCGCUGACUUGUCAGGCACAACUUUCUUAGGGGAAAAGGUGCUUGGAAAUGGCCAGUGACAUAAACGACGCAGAGCACGAGCAGGCAACCGAAAAUCAGUUGGCAAGCAUCAGCCGCCUCACACCAGACGUCCUGCACGAGAUACUUCUCCGGCUUCCGGUGAGCACUCUGCAGAGGCUCCGCGGGACGUGCCACCAAUGGCGCGGCGUGAUCAGCGACCCCUGCUUCAUCAUGGACCAUGCCAACCGUGCACCGGAGCACCUCCUCCUCUUCCUGCCCAGGCUGGAGGCCUCGGCGAGCCUCAAGACCGCCAUGCCUGGCCGCAUGAAGCUCUUCGAUGAGAAAUGGUCCGUGUCAACGUGGGCGGCGGCGUCCAUGGACCCGGACGACCACCUCUUCGCGUCCUGCAAUGGCCUGCUCUGCUUCUACAGGAAGUACACGCUGAAGAUCGUCAACCCCGCGACCGGCCAGCGGCUGCACCUCUCGAAGCCCGACGGGAGAUCGCUCCGCGACCUGUACUAUCUCUACAGCUUCGGGUUCCACCCGGCGACGGGGGAGUACAAGCUCGUCUACUUCCUCCGCGAGCCCCGGCACGGCCGGCCGUCGGGGCAGCCGUUCCGCUUCGACGCCGUCCAGGUGCACACCCUCGGCGGGGACGGGUGGCGGGACGUCAGGGCGCCGAGGGAGAGCUGCCUGGUGAACCUCGGCGUCGUCAACGUGGACGGCGCCAUGUACUGGCUCGCGGAGGAGGAAGGGGCGUGCUGCGGCGUGGCGGUCAUGGCGUUUGAUCUGAAGGAAGAGACCUUUGUGACGUUGAGGCCUCCGCCGCUGAGAGCGUGCGGCGGGGCGACGGACGAGCGGCCCUGCGGCGCUCCCGCGCUGUCCUACUACGUGACGGAGGUGGGGAAGAAGACGUGCCUGGUGACCGCCCCUUUCAGCAGCAGCGCCCCCCGGUGGCGCCGCUACAACGCCGAGGUCUCCGGGAGGAUGGACGUCUGGACGCUGGAGAGCCGGGGCGAGGACCGGUGGUCGCUCAAGUACAGCGUCGACCUGUCGCCGUCGGCGCCGCGGUGCGUCCCGCAGCCGUGCUUCGUCCGCGGGGGGAAGGUCCUGCUGCACGGCCGCGACGGCGACGCGUUCUGCCGGGACCUGCGGGGCGACGAGGACGACGGCGGGGAGGUGAGGCUGCUGAACUUCCGGCCUUACAGGUACUACGAGACGCAGGCGUACCUGUACAGGGCGACGCUCGUCCCGUUGGACGUGUACGCGGGGGCGGCCAUUGCUCGCGCGCCGCACUGGCCUCUCCCGCAACCAGGUUCCUGAAUUUCUGAUUACGACUCUGCGUUGGCCUUCUGUGGUCAUGGUCCGGUAUAGGUGUAGGUAACAGAGAUGUAUUUUGUACAAACUUUCGAACAUGUUUACUUGUGAAACAUGAAUGAAUUAUGGUGUAAUUCUCGGCGGAGAUUUAAGCUACUGGUUAUUGUAACAUAUUGUAAGCUAAUAAGGAUUUUGUGCCCCCGCGAAAAAAUAAGUAUUUUGUGCAGUAA